GCCUAACCCAUUAUCUAACCCAUGAUGUUUCUUGGCUGCUGGCUAGUCUCAUUGCUUGUCUCGUUUGACAGUUCUUGGCACUUUUAAUUCCACCUCCUUCAUUACGUCGCUUAAUACUACCAAUUACAGCAUUACCAAAUCAUCGACGCGAUGGCGAAUGAUUCGUCCCAAUGGUUGCAAAAAGACGUCAAAGAAAUUGACCCUAUAUCGCGUCAAUUGCUAGAGUCAUAUUCCGGUCUAGCACCAGAAGAAGUUAUACCUCAUUGUUUAGCUAUUCGAGAUAAAGCAUUCGCGCUUUACCCAUGGCCAUGCAUCGGCCAGAUGCGUUUUAUCCGGUUGAGCCUCGCCUCAUACCCUUCGUACGCCAACGCGCUUGAACGUAUCCGAAGCAACCCCGACUCCAGGUUUCUUGAUGUCGGCUGCUGCUUCGGCCAGGAUAUUCGUAAACUCUUCAUUGAUGGAGCGAAGCCAGAGCAGCUAGUUGGCUUAGAUCUUGUGCCGGAGUUCAACACUCUAAGCUACGAUUUGUUUCGCGACGCGUCCAAGUUGUCAUUCGAGUUCCACGCGAGGAACCUUCAUGACGACGACGCAGACUGGAGUCCUCUGGAAAACCGCUUUGACGUGCUACACCUGACCAGCCUGCUUCACAUUUGGAACUGGGAAGGUCAGGUCAAGGCUGCUCAGCGAAUUGCUUCUUUUACGAAACCCGGGGCCAUUCUAAUUGGUAGCUCUUUAGGCAGUGGUGUCGGUGGAGAAUUCCCGAACCUGGAAGGCGAUGGCACAAACUUUCGACAGAGCGAGAAAACAUUUGAGAAGUUCUGGAAAGAGGUAGGUGAGAAGACAAGUACAAAGUGGGAUGUGAAGACAAUAUUCAAGGCCAUGGAUUCUACACGCAUGAACAUGAACCAGAACUGGGCGGAACCAACUAUGGGAAUCCUCCUCUUCGAGGUUACAAGAGUAGAAUAGAUAAAUCUAGGUACCGACAUAUAUGCUUGAUAAAUUUACAAUAUGGACUUCGUUUCGA